ACCCUUCAUCUACUCUGUUUCCGUUCUCUUUCGAUGCGUUUUAGCUCUCACUCAUCAAUUGAAUUAUCUCUUUUUUAAUUCAUCAUCUAACGGUGAUGGAUGUUCACAAUUUCGCUUGAAUUUCGAUAUGUUUCAUAAUUUUUUAUCAUCGUUGAUGCAGGUAGACGGUUUAUUGAAUAUCUUGCCUAAGAGAAUGGGGUGGGGAGAUAUUUACAGAAGACGGAUUAGGGUAUUUACUAUGGCUAUAGUAAUAUACCUAGAUUAUAAGGGUGUACAACAACGUGACAAAUGGACUAGCAAAUCUAGACAAGCUGCAUUGUGGGAGAAGGCUCACGAGCGUAAUGCUAAGCGUGUUCUAAAUUUGAUAAUAGAGAUGGAGGGCUUAUGGGUUAAACUUGGGCAAUAUAUGUCAACUCGCGCAGAUGUGCUUCCUGCUGCUUAUAUACGUCUUUUGAAGCAGUUACAAGACUCUCUUCCUCCUAGACCCUUGGAAGAGGUCUAUGGCAACAUACAGAAAGAGUUGGGGAAAUCAAUGGAUGAGUUAUUUGCUGAUUUUGUGAACGAACCUUUGGCAACAGCAUCAAUAGCACAAGUGCACAGAGCAACUCUGCUCAAUGGACAGGAAGUGGUAGUUAAAGUUCAACAUGAUGGUAUCAAGACAGUUAUACUGGAGGACUUAAAAAAUGCAAAGUCAAUUGUUGAUUGGAUUGCGUGGGCUGAACCACAAUAUAACUUUAACCCUAUGAUUGAUGAAUGGUGCAAAGAAGCUCCUAAGGAACUUGACUUCAAUCAUGAAGCCGAAAACACUAGAACGGUGGCUACAAAUCUUGGCUGCAGAAACCAAUAUGAUGGAAAUAUGAGUGCCAAUAGAGUGGAUGUUUUGAUCCCAGAUGUAAUUCAGGUAUAUUCAAUUUCUUUCUAUGAAAUGUUUUAUUGAAAUAUUCAAAAUGCA